AUGGAGAUGGUUAUGGCAUUUAACGGGCCAAAACAAAAUAAUUGGUUCAGAGACGUUGAGUUGACGUGUCUUGAGGAAUCGUUGAAGCUUUUCAUCGAUGAGGAAACUGAAAAGUUCCACCUUGAACUGAAAAAUGAAUGCGGCGCGGAUCCGUGUGUCAAGAACUGUGACUUUGAGAGCUGGAAACCACGACCAAACGAGGUUUACAUGCCAUGUGGUCACAAAGACCAUAGUUCAGUGGGAGACUUUGACAUUGCUUCACUUCUGUGUCUCAUGACACAAUGCAAGCAUUUUAAGGAGUUUAAGCUUGGUGAUUUGUGUGAAAAGAUUCAGAGCCGACUUGCAGACUUGCCUGAAAACAUGGCGGCAGAUAUUGAGGCUCUUAAGGCACAGCAUGAAAAAGAGCUAAAUGAUAAAAUGAGGAAUCAGGAAGAUUACUACGCCCUGACUCAUAAACCACGUGGUUUGUGUGUGGUCAUCAAUAACGAGGAAUUCCUGGGAACAAGGCUGAAAAGACGAAAAGGCACUCAAGAAGAUGCAAUGGCUCUGCGUAAAGUGUUCACCCAGCUCGGCUUCACUAUGGAGAUACAUGAAAACUUGACUGCAGAAGAUAUCCGACAUGAACUACAAGAGCUGGGCAAAAGGGACUUUUCGGAUGAUGAUGCCUUGGUGGUAUGCGUGCUUUCCCAUGGAGAACAGGGAACUGUCGGUGGGACUGAUGAGGAGGAGGUGUCCUUGGGAGAGCUGACACAGCCCUUCACCAGCUUGGCCGCUCCCUCCUUGGCUGGGAAGCCCAAACUGUUCUUCAUCCAAGCCUGUCAGGGAAGUGACUACCAGAGAGGAGCCAUGUUAGGCCCAGAAAGUCAGUCUGGAGGAAGUCUGGAGGACGAUUCAAUUUCUUCUGAGCAGAGGGAGAUGGUGCCUUGUGAUGCUGACUUCCUGCUGGGCAUGGCUACGGUGCCAGACUUCAAGUCGUUUCGACACACCACCACAGGCUCCAUCUACAUCCAGGAGCUGUGCAAACAGCUGAUAAGAUCAGCAGAAAGCUCUGAGAUGGAUGAUAUCCUCACUGUGCUGACUCGUGUGAACAGGCAGGUCGGCAAAGGAGACUAUGGAAACCACAAACAAAUGCCAGAGUCCAAGUACACCCUCACCAAGAAGCUCGUCCUCAAAUUUGUGUGA